UCCAAAAGUCAGCUAUUAUUGGCCCACGCUCAUUGGUCCAUAAAACGUCGACAUUAUGUUGUUCAUGUAGACAUGUCUUAAAGUCAAAAAGUACUGUAAAAAAUAGACUGUUUUAUAAACAAAGCUACGGAUCCGAUCAUAUUCAUUCAGAUGUGCGUCUGUGCAAUAUUUUUUUUCUAUCAUAGAUUAUUAUCCGAAUUGUCGUUCAUCAAUUAUAAAAACAUUAUCUAUUAAAAGAAGAAACAACAGUAGUUCUAUCUGAGCUCAGGACAAACAUAAAAAUUCAAGUUAAGUAUAUAUAAAUAUUUAUUUUAAUCUUGGAUCACAACCUAACCUAAAUCUCGUUUAUGAUUAAUACUAUUAUUUUCACUUAUAUUUAUUAAUUUACAACCGUUGAAUCAAUAUGAACAAAAUCCAAGUAAUAAUGAAAAUCAUGGGCCAAAUUGCUGCACUCGUUUUUCUCUUUAUAUUUUAGUAAAACUAAUAACUGGGUAUUUUUAUGUUCAAAGGUUGUCGUCCAAUGAUUAGGAUCAAACUCAAUGAAAUAUUAUUAAUACUGAGAGAUAAUCGAAAUAAUCUUGAUGUAGAAAGUCAUGCCAAGUUUGAGUUCCAGCAGUGUCAAACAGUUCGAGAUUUACAAAUACUAAACGAAAGUUUACUUGACUCGAAUGAUCGUCAAAAACAAUUUGAUACUAAAAUUGCUAAUUUAGGAGGUAAAAGUCUUCAGAAAUCCGUUGCACAUGCUAUGAUCACUGUUAUGACUGAUAAUGUUGGUGCAGAGGUAACAUGGGCAGGUCUCAAAAAAGAUACAGUGGCUAUUUCAAAGCUUAAAAUUGGAGAGCUUAUAAUAAGUGGUAUUAUGUUAAAUAAACCACAAGCAAGCGAAAAUAACGUUCAAGAGCAUAUGAAGGAUUGGAUACGUCGGUCAAGUCAACGUGUUGCAGCAGCAAAAAAACGACUUGAAAACAAGAACAAUCCCACCAAUUUAGUUCGUGAUUAAAACAAGUCAAACUACUGAGUAAGGAUUCUAAGUCAAUUUUUUGGUUGUGAAUAAUCCAAAGUGAAAAAUUAAAAAUAAGCGAUAAGAGAAAAAAAGUACUUCUUAAAAAAUAAAUUUAUUACUAAAUUAAAAUGUUAAUACAUAAGGAAAAAAAGCAAAGCCAUAUUAUUAAGAAUAUUAUU